AUGAUAGGGCCAAAAGAGCUGUUUUUGCUUCAACCAUAAAAUUCUCUGGAAUUCUCUUCAGGGACGACUCAGCCCUGUAAAAAAGGGGUCCGGUGGAGUCAGGGGAACCUCAGAGGACGCUGUGAAGGGCCAGCUCAUAGCACCAUGAAGAGCCUUUCUGUUGGCUUUCUUGUUCUCCUGAUCUUCAUCCUGAGUGUCCAGCUCGGAGUCGCCAUACGUGGCAGUGAUGUGGCCAAGUUCUGCUGCUUCCAAUAUAGUUACAAGGUCCUUCCUUGGAAGUGGGUGCAUUCCUAUAAAUUCACCAGGAACAGCUGCUCCCGGCCGGCCGUGAUAUUCACCACCAAAAAAGGCCAUAAAGUCUGUGCGCACCCAAAGGAAAAAUGGGUGCAAAGAUACAUUUCUUUACUCAGAGCACAGGAGCAACAGUGACCUGUUGAAUCUUGAGCCCCACGAUGCCUGGACCCCGCUCUUGAGAUUGGGGUCCUUGGUGGAGCCUGGAGAUUGUCUUCGUGGGCCUGAGAAGGAGGAGGAGAGGUUUUAAUAAA